UCACUCCCAACUUUGUAUCGAACUACAAACUUUAGAAUCCACCUGAGAGAUAAAUUAAACAUUUAUAAAAACAUAGAUCUUUGUAGUUACUUAUUACUACACCUAAACCUUAUCCAGGUUUAACUUUUUUUUUCAUAAAGAGUUUUCAACAAUGACCACAUUUUCUACCUUUUCCGAAAUGUUGGGCUCCGAGUACGAGUCUCCGGUUACAUUAGGCGGAGAGUAUUGUCCGAAGCUGGCCGCGAGCUGUCCGAAGAAACCAGCUGGUCGUAAGAAGUUUCGAGAGACGCGCCACCCAAUAUACAGAGGAGUUCGUCUGAGAAACUCAGGUAAGUGGGUGUGUGAAGUGAGGGAGCCAAACAAGAAAUCUAGGAUUUGGCUCGGUACUUUCCUAACCGCCGAGAUCGCAGCGCGUGCCCACGACGUCGCCGCCAUAGCCCUCCGCGGCAAAUCCGCAUGUCUCAAUUUCGCUGACUCGGCUUGGCGGCUCCGUAUCCCGGAGACAACAUGCCCCAAGGAUAUACAGAAGGCGGCUGCUGAAGCCGCGGUGGCUUUUCAGGCUGAGAUAAAUGAUACGACGACGGAUCAUGGCCUGGACUUGGAGGAGACGAUCGUGGAGGCUAUUUUUACGGAGGUAAACAACGAUGAGUUUUAUAUGGACGAGGAGUCCAUGUUCGGGAUGCCGUCUUUGUUGGCUAGUAUGGCGGAAGGGAUGCUUUUGCCGCUGCCGUCCGUACAAUCUGAACAUAACUGUGACUUCGACGGAGAUGCUGACGUGUCCCUUUGGAGUUAUUAAGUACAAAGAUUUUUAAAUUCCUUUUUUGUAUAAUACUUCUUUGGAUUCUCUGAUUCUACCUUUUUAUGGGAAUCUUUUUUUUUGGUAAUGUGGAAGCGAGUGUAAAUGUUUGAGCAAUUUGUGUUAUCAAAUGCUAGUAUUUUUGUGUUCA